GGGCGCCGGCACGCUUCCGUCUCAACUUAUGGCCCAUCUGCCGGCCCCUUCAUCUCACAUUUCCAGCAUCUCAUAAUUCUCGUCAAGUGGCCGUCUCUGUCCACGAGUCCUUUCGGCCACCUUCACUUUGAGAUCUGAUUCACACAGGUUUUCAAGAGUGCCACUAGGCAUUGGCCUUCACUCGUCGCCCAUUCACUUGGCCUCUUUUAAGGUUCCAAGUUCCAGGUUGCGGGACAUUUCUACUGUUUCAGCACCAUGGCUCAAAAAAACCAACAUGUGAUUCCCUCUGAGGAGCAGACAAACUCGGCGAGUCGCACCUUAUCCGCCAAGGAGAAGGAGGGCGCGGCAACCGCAAGUGCAAAUGCAAACUCGACCAAGCAGUCAGCCACCACUCCCGCAUCAACCUCCUCCAGUACUUCAUCUGCUGCUAUAUCUAACGUCCUCCCACGGAUGUCGGAUCCCUCACCUCUUCCCCCAACUAAUUCUGAACCCUCCACCGACGCCCCCAUGGGCAAAUCAACAUCUACAAGCACGCAAGCCGCCGCCGCCGCCAAAGAUGGCAGUACGGCGGCCAAUCCCUAUGGAACGCGUUCACGAAAUCGCACAGGCAAUUCUCGCAUCAACUACGCAGAGGAUCGGGACCUUGAUAUGGACAUUUUUGAAUUGUAUCCGGAUCGUCGAGAAGGAGGUGAGGCCAAGAAGGGAUCCUCCAAGCAAGCUCAAGCGUCAGCAUCAUCAGCAACAACGCAAGCGGCAACACCAUCGUCAUCAUCGCCGACAAAUGGUGCAUCUCAGCCAGCCCCACGUACUGCGGUAAACGGGACAUCAGCAUCAACCACCGUCACUGCCACCUCGACGUCGGCCUCACGGAAGCCGCUUCCCACAAUCGACGAUGUUCGCAAAGGCCACUCUUCAAAAGAUCAGCAGUCUCGCCAACCUUCAACCUCACCGGCCGCAAACGGGGCUACUACCAAUGGCCCCACAAAGUCCAAAAAGCGAAAAGCAGAUCCUGCAGCAAAUGCUUCCAGCAGCCAGACCCCGACCAGUGCAGCAAACUCUUCGGCAUCGCACAACAAGCGGGUCAAGACCAAUUCGCACGACAACAACGGCAACAGCAAGACACCGACAAAUGGGCCCGCGAGCGACCUGGGCAUGGUUAAUGGCUAUGGCGAGACCAAUCUCCUCACGUUUGAAAACACCAAGGCGAUGCCCAAGGACGGCAAGAUGGUGGCUGAUGACGGCACUGUUCUUGAAGUGAACGAUCACGUUUACCUGGUCUGUGAGCCGCCUGGGGAGCCUUACUACCUGGGCCGCAUCAUGGAGUUUUUGCACACCAAAAACGACCCGGCAAAGCCAGUGGACGCGUUGCGCGUGAACUGGUACUACAGGCCAAAAGACAUUGGUCGGAGAGUGCAAGAUACGCGGAUGGUUUUCGCCACGAUGCACUCGGACAUUAGUCCUUUGACGGCCCUGCGCGGCAAGUGUCAGAUUCGGCACAAGACGGAAAUCCCAGACCUGGCGGCGUAUAAGAGGGCGCGCGACUGUUUCUGGUUCGAGAAGCUGUACGACCGAUACAUCCAGAAGAAUUACGAGGUGAUUCCGACCAAGCAGAUCAUCAACGUGCCCGAGCAUGUCAAGAAGGUGCUGGACGAGAGGUGGAAGUACAUUUUGGUGGAGCAAGGCCGAGGCAAGGAACUGACCAGUGCGGUCAAGACUUGCAAGCGGUGCGUCGGCUACUGCGCCAGCAAUGAUUCGGUGGAUUGUGCCGUGUGUCAAAACACGUACCACAUGAACUGUGUAAGGCCGCCGCUGCUCAAGAAACCGUCGCGUGGCUUUGCCUGGUCCUGCGCUGCAUGCAGCCGUGCUCAGGAGCGCAAGCUGGAGGCGCGCAACACCCCCAACGUCCUCGAUCCCAAUGGCACCCGAUUUGACGAUGACGACGAGUUUCUCGAAGACGACGAGGAGGACCCGCCCGGCGUCCAGACUGGCAUGACUAGUCGCACCAGUCCGGCCACCGAGGACUUGCACCAGGAGGCCACGGCAGAGCAGAUAUACCAGUGCAGCCUAUGGCCAUAUCGUUACCUGGGAAUGCACUGCAAGGUCGAGGAUGCCCUGGACUACGAUGAUCGCAUUUUCCCCCGUGCUAGCACCCGGUUAGGACCGCGUCACCAGGCCGUUGUGGUCCCGUGGUAUGGCCGCCCGGUGCAGUAUGUGAAGCCUCUCGAGAUCAAGAAGACCGGCAGAAAGGACGGGAAGCUCAACAAGGAGCAACAGGCUCUCCUGGAAGCCGAACGCAAAAAGCGCGAGACACGUCCUCAGUGGAUACAGGACGAGCCUGCCGGCUAUGUCGAGAGAGGCGGCGAUGAUACCGUCACACCACUCUACAAGCCCCCUGAAAGGUGUGGCAAGCAGAUGUCCAACGAGGCUAUGGAUGAGUUCAUGGACAAAGCCAGAGGCAUGGCGGUAGAGCUGGGUCUUCCUCCACGAUCGACAAACUUGCAGGAUGUCGCAAGAGACCUCCUCUUCAAGAAUGAUUUCGACCCUAAGAAGGCCCUGCAGCAGCUGCCGAAGGUCCCCAAGGAGGAGUUCAAGGAGCCCGAGCUUACUCCCGCCGAACUGAAAAAGUUCGAGGAGGGUGUUGGAAAAUACGGCUCCGAAUUGCACCUCGUUAUGAAACACGUCAAAACCCUUAGCCCGGCAACAGUAACCCGAUUCUACUAUACCUGGAAGAAAACGGAGCGAGGUAAGCAGAUCUGGGGCAAUUUCGCUGCGAGAAAGGGGAAAAGGGACGCAAAGAAGGCCGAGGCUGCUGCCACCAAGCAGGCCGACGACGUUGCCGACGACCAUGACGAUUCGGCCUUUGAUGCAGGCAAGGCCAAAGCUCAAAAGAAGGCUUUUAUGUGCAAGUUUUGCGGCACCAAGGCGUCGCGGCAAUGGCGUCGCGCGCCCACCAUCUCACAACCCAUCGGCGAGACUAGUGGCCGUAGUACCAAACAGGACAAAAAGGGAGAGUUCAUUCCUGCUCUCUGUCGUCGAUGCGCCGAGCUCUGGCGCCGAUACGCUAUCCAAUGGGAAGACGUGGACGAAGUUGCAAAGAAGGUUGCUCAGACCGCAGGCCGUAACUGGAAGCGCAAGGUCGACGAGGACCUCUACAAGGAGCUGCUCGCGGCCGAUGAGAUGAUUGCUAACACCAAGAUCCGCACCCCCGAACCUACACCUGUCCCUACGCUUGUCCACGAGCCACCAGCGGCCGGUCAAGAGCCGCCGCGGAAGAAGCUCAAGAGCUCCGCUCGCGAAAAGGACAAGGACAAGGACAAGGAUAAGGAAAAGGAGAAGGUGGAAAAGGAAAAGGAGAAGGAGAAAGAGAGGGAAAAAGAAAAGGAGAAGGAGAAAGAGAAGGAGCUCGAGCCAGCAGCCUCAGAGCCGGGCAGUGUGGCAUCCACUCCCACGCCAGUUGUCACGAAGAAGAAGGACAAGGUUGUUGAGAAGCCGGUCAUUAUCGAGAAGCCCGCUCCGCCUCCACCUCCGCCAGUCCCCGAAAUCCCCAAACCGCGAACAUUACCCUGCGCAAUCUGUCGUCAGAUGGAACCUAUGGGCGAUCAACACCUUUCAUGUAAGGAGUGCCGGAUGACAGUUCAUCGGAACUGCUAUGGUGUCCUUGAGCAUCGGGCUCCCGGGAAAUGGACGUGCGAUAUGUGCCUGAACGACAAGAGCCCACAGGUAUCAUUGAGCUACAAGUGCGUCCUUUGCCCGGUUGAAAAGACGGAGCAUGAUUUUGUAGGGCCACCCAAGAAUUCCCACAAAAAGAAGACCGAAAAGGAGCGUGAGCGUGAGCGCCAAGAGCGGGAAAAUGCUAUCAAGGCUGCCGAAUACUAUCGGAAGAAGCAAGAGGAGAUGAACCGACCUGCCGACCCGCGCGAACCCCUGAAGCGGACUGCAGACAACAAUUGGGUGCAUGUCACUUGCGCGGUUUGGACUCCGGAGGUCAAGUUUGGCAAUGCCAAAGCGCUUGCCCCUAUUGAGGGCAUCCCAUUGAUCAACCGUGCCAAGUACUCGGAGAUUUGCAGAGCUUGCAAGAAGGAUGGCGGAGCUUGUGUCAGCUGCUAUCAUUGCAAGUCGCCAGUCCACGUCGAGUGUGCCCACAAGGCCGGUUAUGUCCUCGGUUUCGACAUCACACCGGUGAAGGGUUCUCGCCGGGAUCAGCAUAACAUCGUCACUCUCGGGAGCGAAAGCGGUACAAUGUCGGCUGCGAUCUGGUGUAAGGAACACGCACCUCAGAAGGGCGCAUUUCACCCAAUGCACGAGAAGGUUGACGAGAGUGGCAUGACCGCACUACAGCUCUAUGUUCAAACCUACAAGCAGGCCGACUUGACUCUUACGGGUUGCGCAAGGAAGGCCAUCCAGAUCACCCCAACCACUCGGCCCACAUCGUCGUCUGCGACAUCAACAAGCCAUCAGACAAGACGAAUCUCGACGAUUCACCUGCUCAAUGGGGAUCAUGGAGAAUCAGCCUCGGGCUGUCGACAACCAGGCAGCAAGAUAUGCUUGACUUGUGGGACUGAUGUGAGCCCUAAGUGGUACCCCAUCGAUGAAGCUCAGGAGCGUGGGCUUGUCAAUGGGUACUACGGUAAUCUGGGAUCAGAAGCACAGAAGUUCAUUGAGCAGAGGAGCGUGCAAUGCCACAAGUGCAAGAAGGAAGGGCGUCAACCACAUGUGCACCCUAAGAGGGAGCCAACACCCCCUCCUCCUCCCGCCCCGCUCUUGAUUCCUGCCGUUGAGCCGGUCGUCCGUCCAGUACAGGUAUCUCAGGCGCCGCCGCUGGCACCGCCAGCCCCAGUUACAACGGCUCCAACAGCUGUGAUGGAUAUUCCAGGUAGACAACCUGGCCCAAGUCCUUUCUGGUCACCACGUGUACAGGCAGCUCCCAUCCCGCCUCCUCUGGCUCACCCGGCGCCUAUCCGUCCCCCGGUCUCACAUCCUCUUGUUCCUGUAGCAGGACCUGUCGCCCCGCAGGUUGCUCCCCCGUCGACACUUCCUCCGAACCUCGCUCCUCGGGGUCCAUCUAUGCCACAGUCCCUGUUUGGAUCGGCACCACCGAGACCUUACGACGACUGGCACCGUCAGCCAUCAGGUCAUCCACCACCCCUGCAUCCGGGACGGCAGUUGAACGGCACUGGUCCUUCACCACCGCCGCUGAAUACCAUGCCUUCGUUGGCACCGCCUAACCAUCUACGGCCUUCUCCUUCACUCUCUAUUGCGAAUUUGACACACGCUCAACCUCCGCCUCCUCCACCCCAAAACGGGCACAUGGCACAUCCAUCUGCCUAUGCAAGAAUGGAUGGCUUGCCACCAUCGCCUCGCCGGGUGAGCGGCCAGCCCACCACACCGAGCGGCGGCUCCUAUCUAUCAGGAGGCUCUCUCCAUAGCCACGGUGGACCACCCGACCUCCGACCGCCCACGGAUCUACGAACAGACCUACGGCCGCAUAACAUGCUGAACCACCCGAUGCCUCCCCACCACGUUGCCGGGCCGCCACCUCCUCAUCCUGCUUCCGUAGAGCAGCAUCACCCUUUAUCCUUCCUAAGGCAUUGGAACAACCAUACUGCGCAGCAAAACCAGCCGCCUCCUCUGCAUCACACCUCUUCUUACCAACAGGUAUCCGGUCUGCCACCGCCGCCGAGGGAUAACAAGCCGAAGGAUAUCAAGACUGGUGCGAGCUCUAGCCCGUCGCUUCGUAAUCUCUUACAUUAAGGCAUGGGAUAUUGAAUGGAGCUGGUUGUGGAAAUGUCAUGAUAUGGAGAGAGUUCUGUGAGAAGGAUAGGGAUACAUACCCGCUUUAUGCAAGAGAGUCGGCCUUCAUAAGAGGAGAGAAGAAGAGGAAAAAAGACUUCGAUAUAUGGGUUUAGAAAUGGCGUCAAAGAUACCGAUUUGUGUUUGUUGUGGAGUUUCAGGAAACCUCACUGUACAUGUUUAUGUGCAUAAGUCGGGUUGAAUUCCUCUGGAGUGUAUAUUAGGUGAUGGUGGGAAUAACUGGACUGGACUGGACUGGACUGGUUUUUUCUUUGCUUGCAGUCUCGUUUGCAUAGCGUUGUCGAAGAGGAGAGGAGAGGAGGAGUACUUGGCUUGCUAUUGCUGGCUUUACUUACAUCUACUUCACUUUGGUGCUUGGGGAUGAGUUGAGGAUACUUAACUAAGCAGGUACAGUAGAGUUAGAACAAGAAAUGAAAAUGAAUACAUUGUAG